AAGCGAAAUUAGUUUAUGUGUUUCAGCAAAAUAUUUGUUUGUGGAAUUUUAUUAUGUGUGCAUUACGCAAAUCGAUUGGAACAACAAAACGAAAAAAUCAGUGGACGACAUUUGCAACGAAUUUUACAGUACACUAUGACACCGUGCAGACCUUUACCGACUUUUAAAAGGACCGAUUGCAUAGUUCACAAUACAGAUUGUGAUGAAGUUUAUCCGAAUUUAUAUGUAGGAGAUGCAGCUUCAGCGAAAAAUAAGGCGUUCUUAAGACAGAUGGGUAUAACGCACGUACUGAACACGGCUGAAGGUUCACGAUUUGGACAAGUUGAUACAGGUCAUGUCUACUAUCGCGAUGUACCACAAAUUAGAUACAUGGGCUUUCCCUUAACAGAUCACCCGAGCACUGACAUUUCGAGAUACUUUUAUAUAGCAGCCAAAUUCAUUGACAAUGCCAUCAGUAGUGGAGGAAAAGUUCUAGUUCACUGCCAGAUGGGAAUAUCUAGAUCAGCUACAUGUGCUAUUUCUUAUCUGAUGAUUUAUCGCAAGAUGACGGCCGCCGACGCUAUACGUACGGUGCGUUUACGUCGUGAUAUUCGGCCAAACGACGGUUUCCUUCAGCAGUUGGCCGACCUGUGUAACGAGCUGCGAAGAGAGAGAAUGCCAGCAAUUGCACGCACAUCCGAACUAGCUCCCAUGGAUUUUCCCAGUCGAAAACCGAAAUUGGAUCAAGUUGGGCGAAUGAAGUCACAAUGUUACAAAGCAUUAAUGAAAGACCUAUUUUUCAAUCGAUAAAUAAAUCUUAGUAAUGUUUUUUUGAAGCAAACACCCAUUGUUUCCCAUACGUUUUGUUCAUGUAUUUAAGUGUGUUAGACAUAAGUUAUUAAGAAGAUAAACUAAAUGAUUUGAUCUACGUUAAAUAUAAUUUGGAGGAUGUAUACAUAUAUAGCGAUUGUCACACAGAUUGAGUACUUCAAAACUUCUGAUACAUCAAGAUACAUGAAUCAUUCGAAUUUUACCCCAAUAUAAUUGCUAUGAACUUCAAAAAAAUAGUACGUGGAAAUAAGUGACCUAGUCAUGUCGUCUGAAAUUUUUUUAAUUAUGCAACGUCAUUAUCUUUUAUCUUCACCAAAAUUCAAUCCACAUUUACAUUAACGUUGGUUAAUAUUAAACUUACUUUUAUCUUUGCACAACGAGAUCAAUUGAGUAGAAAAAAAAGACCUCCUAUUUGUUGUGAAUUACAUUUCUAUCUUAAGGGCACUGAAUGAUAUACGCUGACUAUUUGAAACAUGUUAUAUUUUGUUAUAAAAAACGUGCUAAAAACGAACAUUCAUUUUUAUGUUGCUCUGGUAAAUGUUCAGGAAAAUUGUCUUUUCAAUUAAACAAAGUUCAUUCGGUAUGAAAUUCCUACAACACAUCUACAAUGAAUGAGGACCGCUUGUCAUUUAUCCCAAGGUGAUUUUAUAUGAAAUAUCGCAGAUGAAAACAGAUAAAAUACUUCUGCAUACGAGAAACAAAUUUGAAAUAUAUUUAUUUAAAUGUAGGACAAGAAAAAAAAUGUUGUACCAAAUUUGACAGAAAACAAAUCCAUCUCAUUUAUGAGAUAUAUUUUAUUGAAUAAAACGAUACUUAUUAGAAAAAACGAA